AUGAAUAAAGCACUCAGCGUUUAGGGUGUAGGCACAUAAAUGACUAUUCAGUCAUAGAAUACAAGGGGAAAUGGAAGUCAGUUAUUUGAUUAGGUAAUGAAAGAGCAAGACGCGAAAUUGAACAACGUUCAAAUUGAUGAUGAGAAUGAUGAGUACAUGUGCACGAAUGAGGAACUAAAAGAACUCAAUUUAGAUAACCUUCAAUCUCCAAUACUUGAUUAGAACCCAGUGUUCAUUCAACUUAGAGGCAAACUUGUGAACUUCUAUAAGCGGCUGAAUAAGUAUAACAUAGAUCCACAGUCAGUGCGAAUUGAUAACUUGAACCUAAAAAAGACAUUAUUUGAAGCACUAAAAAAACUAUUGAGAUGCGUUAUUAUAACUGAGGAUAGGUCUCUACAGCAAAAUUAACUCAAUCGCUUGUAUAACUGGUUUAAUGCCAAGUCAGAUGCUCUUGAAAGUAAAGAGUCAUCUUUGGCUUAGAAAAUGAGGGAGGAGUAAAUGCAAAAGAGAAGGGAGAUGAAGAAGAAUUUGAUGGAGUAGUAGUCCAUGACAUACUUCCCUCCCAUUAAAAAGGGAUAGAAAUAAGGAGGCAUUGGAGGGCCUUUUGAUUAAAAAUCACUUGGUGCUAAAAGAGAUCAAUCAGAAAGAACUCUGACAGAAAAGACGAGAUAAACUUCUCAGAUGCAAUUCACUGUAUCAAGAAAUACAAUAAUGGGAGCUGAAAGUGCUCUUGAUUUAUCAAGCAAAUAAUUCAAAUAGGAACCUAAUAUGUCACCAAUCAAAGCCUCAUAUUAAUCAGUAUCAAUUCUAUAGCAAUAACCUUCAACCUUUUAAGGUUAUCUAAAUAGAGAUGGUGGGACUGGCGGAAUCUAUACAGAUCCAUCAAUAGCCUAUUUAACUCCACUGUAAGAAACAGAACUUGAAGAGAUGCUGGAGAAAAUGGAUAUUAAAGAUAAAGAGUAUGCUAAGCAUCAAACAACUAUUAAGAAAGCUUGGCUUUAGUGGGGCAAGAAUCAAGCAAUUAGAGGCUAGAAAGCAGUAUAGGCUUUUGAAAGAGCAAACUAUGGCAGCAAUUUCUAGAAAUUAGCAGCCACAUCUCAAAACAGAACUAAGAGCUAGGCUAUUGGGAGUACAUAGAAAAAGUAUUACUACUAUGCCAUGACUGAAUAGCAAUUCCUUCAAGAUCCCACUAGUAGUGAAAGUGAAAUGGAAACUGAUGAAUCAAAGACUAAACAAUCAGUGUCUUUGAAAAAUUAGAAUAAGAAAGACAAAUCUUCAAAGUUGAAAAAGAGAUCAUCUCCUUAUAGUAGCGGAGGGGAUUCUGACUCAGAUUAGGAUGGCAGAUCAGAUCUCUCUAGAGACGAUGGCAAGCCUAAAGUUCAAAUACAAUAAUAAAUCAUAAAGCCUAUUCAAGCAAGGAGUACUUCUUAGGGUUACUACACACAGUAACCUUAAAAAGAGAAGUAGAUGAUAGAUCUAAGCUUUGAGGAUUACUAGCAGGAAUUAAAUAAGAGAGGCUUAGCUCCUGAUCUGGGAGAAUCAUUCCUUCACAGGAACUUAAGCAAGCAGGCUGCUAAUCAAUUAAAUCAGUCACUUAUUAAACUGGAACUACACAAGGAGACUUCAAGAAGAAAGAUCGAAUAACUCAGAUGGUAGCACUCUAGUAUCAUAAAUGGGAAUAAUCAACAGUACAAUGCUGAUGAUUAGAUAGACAAUCCUUUGAAGAAGGGAAGUGAGGCAAUGACUCUUUCUAUAUUUAGUAGACCAAACAAUAAUUAAUCCACAAUAGUAGAGUAUAAUAACGUACUUCCUGAGGACAACUAUAGGUAGUUCUCAAUGACCCAAGCAAAAGGUCUCUUCAACCCAAAAAUUAAUAUGGAAUAUCAGAAGAGACUAGCCUAUGCACUUUAAGAGGCAGAGAAAGUAAGAGCUAAGAUAGGUAACUAAGGCGGAGGUGGGCAGAAGAAAAAGGCUGCACAGUCUGCUUCACCAAAUAAAAAGAAGGCUGCAAAAGGAGGUGAAGAAGAAGAGGAAGAGUAACCUAAAGUAGCCACUAGAAAUGAUGUUAGAAUCUUAACUUUACUCAAAGCACCUUUCAGAGCAGAAAAUUACGAUUACAGAACAGAGUAGAUGCAAGAAGUAGAGGACUUAAAGUAGCAUUUGGCAAAGAACAAUUUGAAUGUUAGUGCUGAUAUUAUACAUAAAGCGAUAGUCCUACCAGAAGAGGAUGAUAGAUAUGACGGGGAUAAGAACUACCCUAAGAUAGAUGAAUUGCUAUUCGUGAAUCCAUUCGCUAAGCCCAAAAAGAAGAAGAAGGGCAAGAAGAAUAAGAAGAAGUGA